AUGUCGAAAACAGAUUUUUCAAGCGAUCUGGACGUUCCAGGCGAAGAGGAGUAUAAACCUCGUUACCGCUGGAGUGAGCGUCUUGCACGCUUCCCAAAACCGCUGGCAGGAAUUGUGCUGGACGUGAAAGACAGACUACCGACUUACGUUUCUGACUGGACAGAUGCAUGGGACUAUAGAGUUAUCCCAAGCGUCGUAGAAACGUACUUCAACAACUUGCUGCCGGCUAUUGCAUUUGCCCAGGAUAUGUUUGAUAGGACAGACCAGUCAUACGGGGUAAACGAGGUGUUGUUGGCCAGUGCAUUGGGUGGAAUUGUUUUCGGCCUUUUUUCAGGCCAGCCAUUAUGCAUUGUGGGCGUCACAGGGCCCAUUUCAAUCUUUAACUACACUGUGUACGACCUCAUCAAGCCGCUGAACAUUGACUUUUUCGGAUUCAUGUUCUGGAUUUGUAUAUGGGCCAUGGCUCUGCAUCUUGCACUCUCCAUGAGCAAUACGGUUUGCUGGUUACGGUACGUUACGAAUUUCCCAUGCGACAUUUUUGGCCUCUUCAUCAACGUUGUGUAUGUCCAGAAAGGCAUUCAGAUCCUCACAAGACAAUUCAAGUAUGAGGGAUCAAUUGAUUUGACAGCGGGCUACGCCAGCAUCGUAGUGGCGUUGCUUAUGGCAGUCUUUGGACUUGGUUUCAAGCUUGCGGUGCGAACUCCGUUUUUCAAUCACAAACUGCGUACUUUCAUUGCAGAUUAUUCCACAGCACUUUCUGUGGUUUUCUGGUCUGCAUUUAUACAUUUCGGUGGCUAUUUGGAAGAUGUUCAUUUUCAAAAGUUGCCGAUCACCAAAUCAUUUCACCCUACCGCUGAUACGCGAGAUCGCAGCACUUGGCUCGCGUACGUUAAGAUCCCUGUCAAAGACGUAUUCCUGGCACUACCCUUUGGUAUCGUGCUCACAAUUCUGUUUUACUUUGACCACAACGUGUCGUCACUGAUGGCACAGCGAUCUGAAUACAAACUCACAAAGGCCUCCACUUUUCAUUUUGAUUUUGCUUUGUUGGGAUUGACCACAGCUGUUAGUGGUGUUUUGGGUAUUCCAGCACCAAAUGGCUUGAUCCCGCAAGCGCCACUGCACACGGAAACUCUUUUGGUUCGCGAUGAAAAAGGCCAAGUAGUACGAUGCGUAGAACAACGGUUCACGAAUACCGUACAGGGACUGAUGAUUUUGGGCACAAUGGCGCGACCUUUAUUGGUGUGUUUGGGCCAAAUUCCCCAAGCAGUGCUCUCAGGUCUUUUCUUUAUGAUGGGACUUUACGGACUGCUAAACAAUGCUAUAGUUGGCCGAAUUUUUUUUGUUAUCACUGAAAAGUCAAAGCGAGAUUUGGGUAAUGAUCUCAAUGCUGUGCCCAUAAAGAAGCUACUAAUAUUUUUGGCAUUGAGUCUCGUUGGAUUCGCCGCUGAAUUUGCGAUUUUGAACACCCGUGGUGCACUGGGAUUUCCUGUCGUGCUUUUGUCAACCGUUAUUGUGUCAUUCUUCUUCCCGAAAUGGUUCUCUCCAGCAGAAUUAAGCACGCUAGAUGCAAAAGUGGGGGAGGAAUUCACCUUGAAGAAUUUGAUGUCGUCGUCUCUGAUGGGACGGGAUCGUCAGAGAUAA